AGGUAAAGAUCAUGUAUGUCGCUUCAUAGGAUGUGGGAGGAACGAUCGAUUCAACUAUGUGGUCAUGCAGCUGCAGGGUCGGAAUCUGGCAGAUCUCCGCCGCAGCCAGUCCCGGGGCACUUUUUCCAUCAGCACCAUGCUGCGACUUGGGAGACAAAUUCUGGAGGCAAUCGAGAGCAUUCAUUCUGUAGGGUUCCUUCACAGAGACAUCAAACCGUCAAAUUUUGCCAUGGGUCGUUUCCCCAGCACCUGUAGGAAAUGUUUUAUGCUGGAUUUUGGGCUGGCGCGGCAGUUUACAAAACUCCUGUGGAGAAGUACGGCCGCCUCGGACUGUAGCUGGGUUUCGUGGAACAGUUAGGUAUGCUUCUGUCAAUGCACACAGGAACCGGGAGAUGGGUCGACAUGACGAUCUUUGGUCCCUUUUCUACAUGCUGGUUGAGUUUGUGGUUGGUCAGCUUCCCUGGAGGAAAAUUAAAGAUAAGGAACAAGUAGGCUCCAUAAAAGAACGCUAUGAGCAUCGCCUUAUGUUGAAGCACCUUCCCCCAGAGUUUUAUGUGUUCCUAGAGCACAUCAGCGGUUUGGAUUACUUCACCAAACCAGAUUACCAGCUUCUUUUAUCUGUCUUUGAUAAUAGCAUGAAAUCCUAUGGAGUUGUGGAAAGUGAUCCUUUUGACUGGGAGAAGAGUGGUUUGGAUGGUUCUCUAACUACCACAACAACAUCAACCACCCCACAGCUUCACACUCGCCUAACCCCUGCUGCUAUUGGGAUUGCAAAUGCUACACCCAUACCUGGAGACCUGUUGCGUGAGAACACAGAUGAAGUGUUUCCAGAUGAGCAACUCAGCGAUGGCGAGAAUGGAAUUCCAGUUAUGGUCUCCCCUGAAAGGAUCCCCGGAUCACCCAGUCAUCAGCGCCCCCAGGAGAGAGAUGUUUGGGAAGAAAUGGAUGCCAACAGGAAUAAGAUUAAAAUGGGACUAUGCAAGGCUGCUACUGAGGAGGAACAUAGUAAUGGCCAGGCAAAUGGUUUACAUAAUGCUCCUAGUCUUGGCUCUCCUGUGCGUGUACGAUCCGAAACCACACAGCUCGAUCGAGAUGUACCCCUUCUGCGCAAACUGCGCAACAUACACAGCUUUGAACUGGAGAAGAGAAUGACUUUGGAAUCAAAACCUGAUGCUGACAAGUUCUUGGAGAACUGUGCUGAAAAAGUUCAGAAGGAGGCACAUUCAAAAGAUGGACCAGUUGCUGAUGGCUCUUCUCCUUCACCUUCUCAACCGCGGAAGACACUUGUUGCUCCAGCUUCUAUGCAUGCAGACCAUGUCUGGCAUUAUGAUGAUGAGUAUGUGCCAGAGGGUUCUAAGCCUGGAUCAGCGAGUUCCCCAGAACACUUGGAUGGAGUUGUUAGCAAUGGGUUUGUAGCUGUGAAUCUGAGCUCCUGCCGGCAGGAGGUUGACUCCAAAGAGUGGGUCAUUGUGGACAAAGAGCGUGAUUUGAAGGAUUAUGGCUCAAGUGGAAAUCACGGUCAGAGGGUGACAGGAAGCCCAUCAGAAGAGGAACCAGAGGUGCUUCAGGUGCUGGAAGAAUCUCCACAAGACGGUCCUCCAAAACCAAGCUCUUGGACCGAUAAUAAGGGGCAUAAUAUACCAGAUCCAAGGGUUGGACUCGACAUCAUGGUUUCUUCAGGUGUGUGUGUGGACAAAUUGGAUGUCAUGUCAGGUGCUGCUGGCCAACUGCUUCCAGCGACACCUACAAGUCCAAUGGAGGCUCAGGCAGAAGGAGCAAUCACUCCGAUGACCAUUCCUCGGCCUUCGGUUACAUCUACACAGUCAGCUUCAGAAAGCUUCCCAUGUGGACCUCAUUUAGAGAAGCGAGACAGAGACACCCAUGUCUUGGAGAUGUUGUCACCACAGGAAAAUCCACUAGGAUAUGGUGCAUCAGAAGACCCUGCUACUACUCUGGCAAACAAAAUAAACCUGGCACUAGAUUUAGACAAAACAAACCAGGAAAAAGCAUGUGUCAAAUCUCUAGACUCAGGCCAUAAAGACUUAGUUAAUAAGAAUGACCAAAUAAGUGAGAAGAAAGGUUUAGAGACUCCAGUAAAGUCUCCGUCCAAUUCUCUACUUGGUUUUCUUGAAGGUAAGCGGGAGCAAAACAAAGGCUUCCAUCCACAUGGGCAUUCCCCUGAGCAGUUCAAAUCCUCUGAGGGUGCAGUGUCUGAUGUUAAUCAACUUAAUGAGACUAGGACUUUCCACUCAGUGCCAAAUGGACAUACAGAUUCUCAAGCUGUGAAACCUGAAGUAGUUUCAGAACUGCAAAUGGUUGACUUUACGGUAGGAGGGGACUCUCUGGAGGUUCAGCAAAAUGGUUUUCAUGAAGAAGAGAACAAUGUUGCUGCUAAUGGCUUCCUUGACCACAAGACGAGCUUGUCCAUGUUACUUGAACAAGAGAGGGAUACAGAUCAAACAAGUCUAAAAAAUGGAGAGCAGCUUGACCUAAGUGACAGUUCUCCACAAUUUAGAAGAGAUCACACAAAAUCCUCCCUUUCCACCAGACAUAGCCGAAUUCCUGUAUUGGCUCAGGAGGUAGACUCUGCUUCAGAAUCAUCUUCUCCAAUCUCUGCUAAGGAAAAGCUUCUGCUGAAAAAAAGCUCAUCGGACCGACCUUGUCCGAAUUUUAAUGGAAAAAACGACAGAAGUCAUUACUUGGUGACUUCUCAAGUGCCUCUGACAAGUCACUGGAAGAAAAAAAACCUCACCACCAGCUCUGGGUUUACCUGAAAAAGAAGUUUUCUUUAUUCCUAGAGCAGUCUCAGACUCUAAUGUCAGGCAGUCAGAUGAUGGCAGUGUUGCAACUCUCAAUAUUCAGUCAAGAAAGAGCAAAAUUCCUCGUCCUGUGUCCUGGACUAGUAAUGAUCAGAUUAGCAGUGCUCCUCCAACUCCAUUCCUUCCCAGACCACCUCCUGGAAAACCACCCACGCGGCCUGGAGUGGAGGCACGGAUUCGCCGGUACAAGGUUUUGGGAAGUGGAAAUUCUGAUUCAGACCUGCUCUCCCGUCUUGCUCAUAUAAUUCAAAAUGGAUCCCAGAAGCCCCGUAGUUCCUCCCAGUCUAAAAGUCCAGGUUCACCUCACAGUCCGAAAACGCCUCCCAAGAGCCCAGUUAUUCCUCGACGCAGCCCAAGUGGUUCCCCGCGCAGUUCAUCUUUACCAAGAACCAACAGUUCUUCCUCUUCAAGAAUUGGGCGACCCCACCACUACGAGCCCAAAAGCUCAAAUUCUUAUGUAGGCCGUAGCAAAUCACCGCCCAGCCUAUCUGGCUCUUCUUCUUCAAGAAGGUCCUGUCAACAGGACCAUUGCUGUAGUAAACAAAGUAAGAACUUAUCCAAGGGAUCAGGUAGUGGCCAUCAUUCAACAGGCAGCAAAACCAGCCGAGGAAAGCCCUCUGUACGGGAGAGCAAAGUUUCCAAUAAACUGAGCAGAUAA